AUGAGGACAUGGUCGUUAUCUUUCGAGGAUUGCAAUGAGCUCGACGACCGCAUCUAUAAGCUCAGAGUGGUCAAUUGCAUCGCAUCGACCGGUAGGUGUAUGUCAGGAAAAGUAGCGAAGACGCUGGCAACCAUGACCGUGACGAGACCACGUAUUGUUCCAAAUAAGUACUUUACUUCGCAUGUUGCCAAGGAUGUUUGGUCACUGACGAAUGAAGCAGCAGCUGCUGCUGCCAAUAACGCGAAUAACAGCGGCCGUGAACUAAUAAACCUGGGACAGGGCUUCUUUUCUUACUCGCCGCCCAAAUUUGCCAUUAGUGAGGCUCAGAAGGCGGUGGAUAUACCGCUGGUUAAUCAAUACUCUCCCACUCGAGGUCGCCCGUCGCUGAUCCAGUCUUUGAUCAAGCUCUACUCGCCUUUCUACAACACUCAGUUGAAACCGGAGAAUGUGACGGUCACCACCGGCGCAAACGAGGGCAUUCUUGCGAGUUUGAUGGGCAUCAUCAAUCCCGGCGACGAGGUGAUUGUUUUUGAGCCGUUUUUCGAUCAGUAUAUCCCAAAUAUCGAGCUCUUGGGCGGCAAAGUCGUGUAUGUGCCCAUCAACCCCCCUAAGGGAAUUGAUGAGCGUGUGGUGAAGGGUACCGAGUGGACUAUCGACUACGAGCAAUUUGCCAACUCCAUAACGGGAAAGACCAAGGCGGUGAUUAUCAACACGCCCCACAACCCGAUUGGUAAGGUCUUUACUCGCGAGGAGCUGACAACCAUAGGUAACAUCUGUGUCAAGAACAACGUGGUUAUUAUUUCCGAUGAAGUGUACGAGCAUCUCUAUUUCACAGACUCCUUCAGCAGGAUUGCCACUUUGAGCCCCGAGAUUGGUCAGUUGACUUUGUCGGUGGGCUCUGCCGGCAAAUCCUUUGCUGCAACCGGCUGGAGAAUCGGCUGGGUGGUCUCAUUGAACCCGGAAUUACUGAGUUACGUCGCUAAGGCACAUACCAGGAUUUGCUUCUCCUCGCCAUCGCCACUGCAGGAGGCUGUGGCCAACUCCAUCAACGAUGCCCUGGAGAUCAACUACUUCGAGCAAAUGCGACAAGAGUACACUCGCAAAUAUGAGAUCUUCACCAGCGUAUUCGACGAGCUGGGUCUCCCAUACACGGUGCCAGAGGGUACCUAUUUCAUCUUGGUCGAUUUUUCCAAGGUAAAGAUCCCAGAGGACUAUCCAUACCCUGAGGAACUCUCCGACAAAGCCAAGGACUUCCGCAUCUCGCAUUGGCUGAUCAACGAGCUGGGCGUCGUGGCCAUCCCGCCAACAGAAUUCUACAUCAAGGAACAUGAGAAGGCUGCAGAGAAUCUUCUCAGAUUCGCGGUCUGCAAAGACGACCAAUAUCUGGAAAAGGCUGUGGAAAGACUCAGACUACUUAAGAAAUUCUUGUGA